GGGAGCGGAUGCUGGCGGGCAAGCGCGCGGACGGCGGGGACGGCGGGGACGGCGGGGACGGCGCGGAGGGCGUGACCCUGCAGCGGAGCAUCACGCUCUUCAACGGCGUGGCCAUCAUCGUGGGCACCAUCAUCGGCUCGGGCAUCUUCGUGACGCCCACCGGCGUGCUCAAGGAGGCGGGCUCGCCCGGGCUGGCGCUGGUCGUGUGGGCCGUGUGCGGGGUCUUCUCCAUCGUGGGCGCGCUGUGCUACGCCGAGCUGGGGACCACCAUCACCAAGUCGGGGGGCGACUACGCCUACAUGCUCGAGGUGUACGGCUCGCUGCCCGCCUUCCUCAAGCUCUGGAUCGAGCUGCUCAUCAUCCGGCCCUCCUCGCAGUACAUCGUGGCGCUCGUCUUCGCCACCUACCUGCUCAAGCCGCUCUUCCCCACCUGCCCCGUGCCCGAGAGCGCCGCCAAGCUGGUGGCCUGCCUCUGCGUGCUGCUGCUCACGGCCGUGAACUGUUACAGCGUGAAGGCCGCCACCCGGGUCCAGGAUGCCUUCGCUGCCGCCAAGCUCCUGGCACUGGCCUUGAUCAUUCUGCUUGGCUUCAUCCAGAUCGGGAAGGGUGAUGUGUCCAAUCUGGAUCCUAAGUUUUCGUUUGAGGGCACCAAGCUGGACGUGGGAAACAUUGUGCUGGCGUUGUACAGUGGCCUCUUUGCUUAUGGGGGAUGGAAUUACUUGAAUUUUGUCACAGAGGAGAUGAUCAAUCCCUACAGAAACCUGCCCCUGGCCAUCAUCAUCUCCCUCCCCAUCGUCACCCUGGUGUACGUGCUGACGAACCUGGCCUACUUCACCACAUUGUCCACAGAGCAGAUGCUGACGUCAGAGGCUGUGGCUGUGGACUUUGGGACCUAUCACCUGGGAGUCAUGUCCUGGAUCAUCCCUGUCUUCGUGGGCCUGUCCUGCUUCGGCUCCGUCAACGGGUCCCUCUUCACGUCCUCUAGGCUGUUCUUCGUGGGGUCCAGGGAGGGCCACCUGCCCUCCAUCCUCUCCAUGAUCCACCCACAGCUGCUGACACCCAUGCCUUCCCUUGUGUUUACGUGCAUCAUGACCCUGCUUUACGCCUUCUCCAGAGACAUCUUCUCCGUCAUCAACUUCUUCAGCUUCUUCAACUGGCUCUGUGUGGCCCUGGCCAUCGCCGGGAUGCUGUGGCUUCGCUACAAGAAGCCUGAGCUAGAGCGGCCCAUCAAGGUGAACCUGGCCCUCCCAGUAUUCUUCAUCCUGGCCUGCCUGUUCCUCAUCGCCGUCUCCUUCUGGAAGACCCCCGUGGAGUGUGGCAUUGGCUUCACCAUAAUCCUCAGUGGCCUGCCGGUCUACUUCUUGGGGGUCUGGUGGAAAAACAAGCCCAAGUGGCUCCUCCAGGGCAUCUUUUCCACGACGGUCCUGUGCCAGAAGCUCAUGCAGGUGGUGCCUCAGGAGACGUAAGCAAGAAGGGCCAGGAAGCUGCCGGAAAGAGAAUGCGCAAAGAUCCUGUUAAAACAUCUCAUACCCCCUUGAAAAGCGACUCUGGUCCUGUCAUCCAGGCAGCUCAGCUGAGCGCCCCUCAUUGUCCCUCCACCAGGUCAGGGGGCUGGGGCCACAGUGAACACUGGUACGAGUUCAGUCCUAGAAAGCUAACUUCCAUCCUUACCUCCAUGAGCAUAAGAAGAGGCCAGGCCCCC